GACAGCGACGACCAGCUUUGUUCGCAGGGUGGCGCCGGCUCUCCAUCCAGGCCCUGCUCCUUCUGGGGGCUCGGUGGGCAGCUGGCGCUCUGCGGCCCCCUCCAUGAGUGUCUAGAGGCACGGAGCCACCAGGGUCUCUCUGGAGGGGGCUCACGGCGCUGGGAGGAUGGGGCAGGACCAGACGAAGCAGCAGAUCGCGAAGGGGCUCCAGCUGUACCAGUCUAACCAGACAGAGAAGGCGCUGCAGGUGUGGACGAAGGUGCUGGAGAAGAGCUCGGACCUCGUGGGGCGUUUCCGCGUGCUGGGCUGCCUGGUCACGGCCCACUCGGAGAUGGGCCGCUAUAAGGAGAUGCUGAAGUUUGCUGUGGUACAGAUCGACACGGCUCGGGAGCUGGAGGAUGCCGACUUCCUCCUGGAGAGCUACCUGAACCUGGCGCGCAGCAACGAGAAGCUGUGCGAGUUUCACAAGACCAUCUCCUACUGCAAGACCUGCCUCGGCCUGCCCGGCACCCGGGCAGCCACCCAGCUCGGAGGCCAGGUCAGCCUGAGCAUGGGCAACGCCUUCCUGGGCCUCAGCCUCUUCCAGAAGGCCCUGGAGAGCUUCGAGAAGGCCCUGCGCUAUGCCCACAACAACGAUGACACCAUGCUCGAGUGCCGUGUCUGUUGCAGCCUGGGCAGCUUCUACGCCCAGGUCAAGGGGGUGAAUCUGCUGCCGAAACUCGAGAGUCCAGUGACUCGGCAGGAGAAGAUGGCGACCGUGUGGGAUGAGGCUGAGCAAGAUGGAAUCGGGGAGGAGGUACUCAAGAUGUCCACAGAAGAGAUCAUCCAGCGCACACGGCUGCUGGACAGUGAAAUCAAGAUCAUGAAGAGCGAAGUGUUGCGAGUCACCCACGAGCUCCAAGCCAUGAAGGACAAAAUCAAAGAGAACAGUGAGAAAAUCAAGGUGAACAAGACUCUGCCGUACCUGGUCUCCAACGUCAUCGAGCUCCUAGAUGUUGAUCCCAACGAUCAAGAGGAAGAUGGUGCCAAUAUUGACCUGGAUUCCCAGAGGAAGGGCAAGUGUGCAGUGAUCAAAACCUCUACACGACAGACAUACUUCCUGCCUGUGAUUGGGUUGGUGGAUGCUGAAAAGCUGAAGCCAGGAGACUUGGUGGGUGUGAACAAAGACUCCUAUCUGAUCCUGGAGACCCUGCCCACAGAGUACGACUCGCGGGUGAAGGCCAUGGAGGUGGACGAGAGGCCCACAGAGCAAUACAGUGACAUCGGGGGCCUGGAUAAGCAGAUUCAGGAGCUGGUGGAGGCCAUCGUCCUGCCAAUGAACCACAAGGAGAAGUUUGAGAACUUAGGGAUCCAGCCUCCAAAGGGGGUGCUAAUGUACGGGCCCCCAGGUACGGGGAAGACCCUGCUGGCCCGGGCCUGUGCUGCACAGACCAAGGCCACCUUCCUGAAGCUGGCUGGCCCCCAGCUGGUGCAGAUGUUCAUUGGGGACGGUGCCAAGCUAGUCCGGGAUGCCUUUGCCCUGGCCAAGGAGAAGGCUCCAUCCAUCAUCUUCAUCGAUGAGCUGGACGCCAUCGGCACCAAGCGCUUUGACAGUGAGAAGGCCGGGGACCGGGAGGUGCAGAGGACGAUGCUGGAGCUUCUGAACCAGCUGGACGGGUUCCAGCCGAACACCCAAGUGAAGGUAAUUGCAGCCACUAACAGGGUGGACAUCCUGGACCCUGCCCUGCUCCGCUCAGGCCGCCUGGACCGCAAGAUCGAGUUCCCGAUGCCCAACGAGGAGGCCCGGGCCAGAAUCAUGCAGAUCCAUUCCCGAAAGAUGAAUGUCAGCCCUGACGUGAACUACGAGGAGCUGGCCCGCUGUACAGACGACUUCAACGGGGCCCAGUGCAAGGCCGUGUGUGUGGAGGCGGGCAUGAUCGCGCUGCGCAGGGGCGCCACAGAGCUCACCCACGAGGACUACAUGGAGGGCAUCCUGGAGGUACAGGCCAAGAAGAAAGCCAACCUGCAGUACUACGCCUAAGGGGUCGCCUGCCACACCUGUUCUCUGGCCUCUUGCUGGUUAAAAUUCGUAAUAAAGGAUGGUUUCAGGUUCCUGCCA